AAUCGAGCAAACGCGUACGAUGACCCUAUAAACACCCGUCUCUCUUCCCGUUCAUCCUCGUCGCCUUUCAAUCUUUUUCUUUCCUUCGCUAGACCUAACAGCAAGAUUUCAUCGGAGCCAUGGGUUACUUCAGGGAAGCCACCGGCAUCCCCGGCCCCAGCGGAUUCGGAUCCGCCUCCACCGCCGAGCAGGUCACCGACGGCAUCGACGCCUCCCUCCUCACGGUCAUCAUCACCGGUGGUAGUAGCGGGAUCGGAGCCGAGGCUGCAAGGGUGAUGGCCCUCAGAGGAGCUCAUAUCAUCAUCGGCGCCAGGAACACCGAAGCUGCCAGUGAAGUAAAGCAGAGCAUUCUACAGAGCACCCCAUCUGCUAGAAUCGACAUCAUACAGAUAGAACUCAGUUCGCUCAAGUCCGUCCGAGCCUUCGCCGAGAAGUUUCUUGCCAUGGAUCUUCCUCUAAACAUCUUGAUAAACAAUGCCGGCGUCAUGUACUGUCCGUUUCAACUUUCGGAGGAUGGGAUAGAGAUGCAGUUUGCUACCAAUCAUGUCGGUCAUUUUCUGCUGACCAAACUUCUGCUUGACAAAAUGAAAAGCACAGCAGAGAGGACAGGAAUUGAAAGCCGUAUUGUGAAUCUGUCAUCCGAAGCUCACAUGACAACAUAUAGAACAGGAAUAAGAUUCGACAAACUCAACGACAAAGACUUUUACAAUGACAAAUUGGCAUAUGGACAGUCCAAAUUGGCCAACAUAUUGCACGCCAACGAGCUAGCUAGGCGCCUGAAGGAAGAAGGGGUGCUAAAUGUCACAGCAAAUUCACUUCAUCCUGGUCUGAUCAGGACAAACUUGGCAAGGCACUCUACUGCCUUCGUCGGUGCUUUGCAAACUGCAACUUGCGUCUUAUGGAAGACCAUACCUCAGGGAGCUGCAACUUCAUGCUAUGUCGCAUUGCAUCCAAACAUUAAGGGCGUGAGUGGAAAGUACUUCGCUGAUUGCAAUGAGUCGAAGACAACUUCUAACGGUAGAGAUGAAUUAUUGGGAAGAAGACUUUGGGAUUUCAGCGAAAAUCUAGUUAAAUCAGCUUAGAAAAAAUUAAAAGGUUAUAAUAUGUCUGUAUUAUGAGUCUUGAUAGACUCUAUUAUCUGUUUAUGUUGUUAGUGUACAAUGUCUCUUGACUUCGUAUUAUUGUGUUCCAUAUAUAUUGCUAUUCAGUUUCAUCUUUCAUCAA